GUUGGCAUUCCCCGGAAACACCGGGACGAAAAGGAGCCGUUCCAGGCAACCUAGGGGCAGUAUUGUCAUCUUCGCUUUUUCCCAUAACAAACAACAGUUUUUGCUCUGACAACAUGGCACUGCAGGGACGAAACCAGGAGGUUUUAAAGCCGCCGUAGACCAUACUCUGUUGCAGAAGCUUUUCCCCAUUCGAUGCAGAGAGAGAGAGCGCACUCCAUGCCAUGGCUUGAUAUUCUUCUCUGUUUUUCCUUGGUUAAUAAAAAUUUGUGUUAAUUUUAAUGUUUGUUGAUUUGAACAGAAAAAAAUCAAAACUUUUGGGUGAUUAAUGUUGAAUGGAAUGAAUGUGAGGGGGUUCACAGGAAGGGGGCAUCUCUGCUCACGCAAAACGAGACACUUUUUCAGGGGUUCACUGUAGCCCCGUCUCUCUCCUGUUUAUUUUUGUUUUUUGCUUUGUCUUUCUUUUUAACCUUUCGGGUCUUGCUCUAAUUGUCUCUGCAAAAUCCAUGAUUCAGAUCCUUAAAAAAGCGACUGAUUCGCAGAGAUUUUUAGUGUCAUUUCCCAAUCUGUUCGGGUUUUUGCGAGCGGGGUAUGAUUUUAUGGCUCCUCCUCAACUACUCUUCUCUUCUCGCUUCCGUCGCUUUGCGUUUCUGUGAAGACAGACAUUUCCUCUGUUUCUGGCUCUGAGUGAAAUACAAAGACGAGUGUGACCUAGAAACUGAAUCCGUCGAUUUCUCAUCAUUUUCAUCUGGGUCUGGUCUCAGUCCUACGAAGAAAGGUUUUUCUUUCUGGGUUUUCAUUUUCUUUGGGAACCCACAAUUGUUUCGGUCUAACAAGUAUAUCUCGGUUUCACUCUGUUUUCAACCUUUAAGCUAGGGUUUUUCCUUUUGGGUUUUCACUGAAUUCGAGAGGUAGCGUUUGGGUGCUCGGAAAAUGAGUUUAAUUUCGUGCACCGGCUUUUGAAUUGUGAGCCAAAGAAAAAAUGGGCAGCGCGAGCUCAAAGCCUGAGAAGACGGAAGCUCUGCGUCUCUGCAAGGCAAGGAAGAGAUUCAUCAAGCAAGCGAUCGAUUCGAGGUACGCUUUUGCGGCUGCCCACGUUUCCUACAUUCAAUCCCUCCGAAACAUCGGCAUUGCUCUCCGGCGAUUCGCCGAGGCCGAAGUGUUGGCCGAGUCCUCUCUUUCCACUUCCGACAAAACCCCCUCACACUCUUCCUACCUGUCUCCGUCGCCGUCGCACAUUGCCGAAACUUCGGAUUCGCCGCUGCCCAAUGAGAGCCCCCUUUCCCCUCCUUUGUCUAGGAUGAGUUAUAUUAGGUCAGGAGGAACUAGUACCGUGGCCGUUACGGUCGGCCCAUCCCAUAACGGCUAUGUCCAUGAAGGCGAAUCUGCGGGGUUUACCAUGCCGCCGCCCCCGCCGCCGCCUCCCGAGCCUGGCUCUUCUUGGGAUUUCUUCGACCCAAAUGAUGAUUGUGAGAGCUUUAGGUUUGUGGCACACAACGGGCUGCAUAUGAAUUUUGAUGAAAUGGGAGGAGCUGUUUUAGGUGAUGGACUUAAUGCUGGACAAGAGACCCCUGAAUUAGAACAGGAAUAUUAUAAGGUUUCAAGAACCACUCGGCCACCCUUAAGGCCAAAUGCAAUUGAAGGUACAGCUCAGCAAGGUGUUGAUAGUGAAAUGAAACCGGUUGGUGAUGAACAAAAUGUAAAUGGGUUGGUUGGGACAGUGAUGGUGAAAGCUGCAACUGGACCAUCUAGUUCAAAGAGGGAUAAGCCUGGUUCUGUAGUGAAGAAAGGUGCAACUGCUGAAAGAGAGGAUGCCUCAGAGUUCAUCACACAUAGAGCUAAGGAUUUUCUUUCUAGCAUAAAGGACAUUGAGCACCGGUUUGUUAGAGCAUCUGAAUCCGGGAAGGAGGUCUCCAGGAUGCUUGAAGCUAAUAAAAUCCGGGUUGGAUAUUCUGAGGCAAAAGGGGGUUCAUCAGCUUCGGAUAUGUUAGUGGCUUUGCGAAGUGCUUGUUGCCAGCGAAGUGCUUGUUGCCAAGGGAAGACUGCACUUGUUUCACAUGAACCUUCAGAACAUGUGACAAAGGUUAUUACUUGGAAGCGCUCAACAUCCUUAAGGUCAUCUUCUUCAAGAAAUCAUCUUGCCUCAGUGUCAAAAGAUGAGAAUGAUGAUAGUGGGAGUGACUUCGUUGAAGAGUUUUGCAUGAUUGCUGGAAGCCACUCUUCUACACUUGACAGAUUGUAUGCAUGGGAGAGGAAACUAUAUGACGAAGUGAAGGCCAGUGAGUCUAUCAGGAAGGAGUAUGAUCAGAAGUGCGACCGACUAAGGCACCAAUUUGCAAAAGAUCAAAGUACCCUAGUGAUCGAUAAAACUCGGGCAGUGGUGAAAGAUCUGCACUCACGAAUUAGAGUGGCACUUCAUGCUGUUGAUUCAAUAUCAAAACGGAUUGAGAAAAUGAGGGAUGAUGAGCUGCAACCACAACUGGUAGAACUAAUUCAGGGAUCAAUUAGGAUGUGGAAGGCAAUGCUAGAAUGUCAUCAUGCACAGUACAUAACUAUUUCAUUGGCUUACCAUGCAAAAAGUUCAACUGGCACUCUCCAUGGAGAUACACAGGCGCAAAUCAUGAUUCAGCUUGAGGAUGAGAUUGAAUGCUUUGGCCUAAGCUUCGCUAAUUGGAUCAAUAGUCAUACAUCAUAUGUGGAAGCUCUCAAUGGAUGGCUGCAGAACUGCAUCUUGCAUCCCCCAGAGCGGUCCUCCAAGGGUAGAAGACCAUUCUCACCUCGUAGAGUUGUGGCCCCUCCCAUAUUUGUUCUUUGUCGUGAUUGGUCGGCCGGUAUUAAAGCUUUGCCAUCUGAAGAACUUAGCGAUGCUAUCAAAUCAUUUCUGCAUGACCUGCGCCAUUCAAUCAGGCAACAUGCAGAGGAACUGGAGCAGAAGCAGAAAAUACCCGACUCAAGCAACGAGGAAUUGGAGGCAAAGGAUGAGGACAAGAUUGAUGAUAUGUCCUCCUCAAGCUUGAGCUGCAUACAUACAAGUUUGGCGAAGGUUCUCAAUCGCCUGACCAAAUUCUCUGAGGCUUCUCUUAAAAUUUAUGAAGACAUUCGAGAGAAUAGCGAAACUGCUGGGACUAAAUAUUCAAACUUUAGGCCUCCUAGAUAUUCAGGGUAAUGUAAUUAGCAGCUUUGGCGUCCCUUAGUUUUGGGUUGGAAGUUGAUAUUACAAUAUUUAAACUGUUGCAAUGGUCGUCUCUAUGAGAAAAAUAGUUUGGCUUUACCAGACUGGUGUAAACUCUGUUUUUUACAGUUGUAUGAUGAACGUGGAGCAUUGUAUCAACCAUAAGACUCCUUGCCCAAACGGUUUUGGCCCAACUUUUUUUUUUGUCCUUUUUCUUGGCCUUUUUCUAACCUUUACUGGAGUGAAGUAAGAAGGGAGUUGAUUUUACACUGGUUUAUAAUUGUGUCAAAAUGAUAGUUUUAGUGAAUCUUGGUGACAAAUUGAUGGCA